AACGACUUUCAAUGUGGCUGUGCCGUCGUUGAUCAUCUCCUCCCUUUUAUUUUCCGUCGUAACGGCCUCUAGUGAUGGGUUGGUUAGAACUGGGCUGAAAAAGCUGAAAUUCGAUCCGAACAACCGGCUUGAAUCCAAGGAUCGAGAGGCUUUCAUAGCAUCUAUGAAAAAGCAUCGCUUCCGUAACUAUCUUGGAGACUCGGAGGAUGUGGAUAUUGUUGCCUUGAAGAACUACAUGGAUGCUCAGUACUAUGGUGAGAUUGGUGUAGGAACUCCACAAAAAUUCACUGUUAUAUUUGAUACUGGCUGUUCAAAUUUGUGGGUGCCAUCAUCUAAGUGCUAUUUCUCGAUUUCUUGUUAUCUUCAUUCCAAGUACAAGGCAAGUGAGUCAAAAACAUAUAAGAAGAAUGAGAAAUCUGCUGCUAUUUCUGGUUUCUUUAGUUAUGACGAUGUUCAAAUUGGUGACUUGGUUGUAAAAUAUCAAGAAUUUAUUGAGGCUACUAAGGAGCCAGGUCUUACGCUUUUGGUGGCCAAAUUUGAUGGGAUAUUAGGACUUGGGUUUAAGGAGAUAUCUGUUGGGAAAGCUGUCCCAAUAUGGUACAACAUGAUCAAGCAAGGUCUUAUCAAGGACCCUUUAUUUUCAUUUUGGCUUAACCGCAAUGUUGAGGAAUACACCCAUUUUUGUUUGGAGAUGGAGAAAGAAGAGAAGAGCCAAAGAGCAUGCAAAACGAUAGAGCCAGAGGUGUUUUUACAGUGGGGGAAUAGAAAGAGGCUAAGAUGUGUGAGAGUUAAAGACCCUCAAAAGAUCUCAUAUAAAUCGAGUGCUGUAAUUCGCAGAAGAAUCACUUCUGCCAAUUACAAUCAUGGUCUCACCAGGAAUUCAGAAGCAGCUAUACUCCGGUCGGACCACCGGAAAGCGUCAUCGCCAGAGAAGGAAGACAGGUACUACACAACAAGGGGGUCAUCAGCAGUGGAUGAGAAUGGGAAGACUGCAGUGGAUAGUGGCAAUAAUGGAGAGGAUAAGAAAGGAGUAGUGUGGCCAAAGCUGUUUAUCACUUUGUCAAGCAAAGAAAAAGAGGAGGAUUUCAUGGCAAUGAAAGGUUGUAAACCCCCUCAAAGGCCUAAAAAGAGAGCCAAAAUCAUCCAAAGGACCUUACUUCUGGUGAGCCCCGGGGCUUGGUUGACUGAUAUGUGCCAAGAAAGAUACGAAGUUCGGGAAAAGAAGAGUUCUAAGAAGAGACCGAGGGGAUUGAAGGCCAUGGGCAGUGUGGAAAGUGAUUCAGAUUGAAGACCCUACUAUAAGCCGCCAUGGCAGCUGCAGUAGGGGCGUUUUUUCUCUGAUUUUCGCAGCUAAUGUUAAUGGUGUUGAUUGUUAAGAGUGUUGAGGGAGAGAAGGUUAAUCAGUCUUCUGCUUGCUGUGGUUUGGUGUAUACAAGUUGAAAUUUUCAUUUUUAUGAAUGAAAAUAAUUGUUCU